CUUCAUCCCAUCCCAUCCCAUCCCAUCCCUUCUUCCUCCUCCAUCCUGCUCCAUCUCCCCUCUUGCCCUCAUCCUCCUCUCGCCCUUCCCCAGCCACCCUCCAUCACAACCCCACCCCCCUCCCCCAACUUGCCCAGUAGAGGAUGCUAAAACUAGCCGUCUGUGUAGCUGGCAUCUACAGUUGCUUCCUAACAUGGGGCUUGCUUCAGGAAAAGGUCUCGACAACACCCUACGGAGAGGAGGGCGAGCAGUUCAACUACUUCAUCUUCCUCAACAUGGCCCAGGCCAUCACCGCCUCCGCCAUCGCAUUCCUCUACCUCAAACUACAGGGAAAACCAUUGGAGAUGCCAUCCAGGAUGUUGCUCGGUAAAUACUUCCAGGUCGCCUUCUUCAACGCGAGUGCCUCUCCCUUCUCCUACGCGGCCCUCAGACACAUCGAUUACCCGACCAUGAUCCUCACAAAGUCCUGCAAGCUCGUGCCGGUCAUGCUCAUGAACAUCCUGCUCUACCGCCGCAAAUUUCCCACCUACAAAUAUGCCUGCGUUGCCCUGAUCACCUGUGGAGUCGCCGGAUUCAUGCUCCUCGCACCCUUUGACGACCAUGCACACGGUAAGAAGGACGCUGUCGAAAGCUCGCUCUACGGCAUGUUCCUCGUCAUCAUCAACCUGACCAUCGACGGCAUCACCAACUCGACUCAGGACCAGAUCUUUCACACCUUCAAGGUCACAGGCCAGCAGAUGAUGUGCUUCAUGAACCUGUUCAUGGCCAUGUUCAUGGCCCUCUGGCUCUUCAACCCCUUCAACUCUGAGCUCGGCAAUGCGCUGGCGUUUUGCCAUUCCCACCCAGCCGUCAUCAAGGAUAUCGCCCUCUUUUGCUUCUGCGGAGCACUCGGGCAGUGCUUCAUUUUUUAUACCCUCGAGCAAUUUGGCUCCCUCUCCUUGGUCACCGUCACCGUCACUCGAAAGCUCUUCACCAUCCUCCUCUCCAUCUUUGCAUAUGGCCAUAAACUCAACAUCAGUCAAUGGCUCAUGAUCGGCGUCGUCUUUUCGGGUAUCGGUCUGGAGGCCUAUGUCAAGAGACAGGAGAAACUGGAAAAGAUGGUCGACAAUCUCCCAAAGCACUCACCAAGGCCCGAUCAGCUCUCGUUCAGUCAGGUCGAAAUGAUAAAGAAGGACAAGAUCCAGGACCUCAACUCCAACUUCGUGGGCAUGGCCUCGUCAAAUCAUGGGCCUGGAUCGGGAUUGGCCCAGUACGGCCAAGAGUACGGAUACGAUAACGGCAAUACUACCCAGCUGUUGCAGCCACCACCAUACUCGCAGCUUUCGCAACAACAGCAACAGCAACAGCUGCAGCAACAACAGCCUUUAUUUCCGGAAAGCAAUCAAAGUACGAGACCAUACUCUGUCCGCGCAUCCUAUGUCAGCUCGAUCACGACCGCACCCGGAAUACCCGCCAAUGGAGGGGGAAGGCAACGAACCAGUAUUAUCGCGCCAAAGCGUCACGCAUAGUCUGCGCAUUCUCUUUUAUGUCACAUUUGUUAUGUCAACUUUUUAACAACCAUCUCUAUUUAGAUAUCAACUAAGCAUGUAUACCACCAAUCUUGAAAGCACAGGAAGAAAAAGGAAAAAGAAAAGAGAAAAAAAAAAGCAU